AUGAAGGGGCAGUUGAUACUUGGUGUAAUUUCCUUUGCCUUUCUUUUCAAAAUCGCAAUUUGUAACGAAUUUCAUCGAAUUAUCGAUGGUUACAAGGCCUCUGAAGCACAGUUUCCAUACCAGGUAUAUUUCGAUGUACUUGACUUCACUAACUUGGAAAAAUCGUCUUAUUGGAGCUACGGAUGCGGAGGGACAUUAGUAUCGAAGAGAAUUAUCCUGACGGCGGCACAUUGUUUGGACAGUCCUAAAAUCUCUGCAGUUCGAAUAUAUUUUGGAGCUCUGUCUUCGAAUGAAACCUUGUUUGAACCUGGUAAAAAACGAUUGAUUGUUAAACGAAAAGAUAUUAUAAUUCAUGAGGACUGGGAACCCCAUGCACUGUAUAAUGAUAUCGCUCUAAUAAAACUUCCAAUCGAUGUCAACUUUAAUGAGUAUAUUCAACCUGCCAAAUUACCCUCGCCAACUGUUACCUACAUUGGGAGUGAGGCUACUACCUCUGGAUGGGAAGGAGUAGAUUCGGUAUAUUCACUGAUAUCUAAAAAUAUUGUUUUCUAAUUAUCUUCUUUAUCAGCAGAAGAGAAAGAACCAGUACCCUAUCUGAAAUACUUUAAUGUGUCUAUUAUUUCGAUUGAUCAAUGCUAUAAGGCUAUGUU